AUGCUGCAAACACUGCUGUUCAUCUUGACUGUCAUUAAAAUGACUGACUGUGAGAUUUUACACCCUUAUGUACCAACUAACUUCUCCAUCAGAGUAGAAGAAAAGAUCACUGGAGAGGCCGGUUUGUGCAUUAGAGUGUUUUGUUCUUUCACUUUCCCUCAAAGUGUCUCAGGUCCCAUUAGUAGAACCUGGUUCAAAGGAGAUCCACAAAACCCAACUGUUGAAGUUCCUUAUUUUUCCACUAAUGUUGGAUUUCCUCCCAAUGUGAGAGAGUGUAACUUUUUGCUAAACGACUUGGUUCAGGGUGAAUCUGAUGGUGAAUACAGAUUAAAACUGGAGUGGGGAGAAGGAAAUGUGUAUAUCUUUCCUCAGACAGUAAAUAUUACUGUUAAAGAGCUCACCCAGAAACCAAAAAUUAAGGUCCCACCGCUCACAGCAGGACAGAAGGCCGAGAUAUCCUGCAAAGUUCCAGGGAAUUGCAUACAACCUAAAGCAAAUAUUGUGUGGACAGGGAUUGAUGGUGAAACUAGACCUGGAGCUAAAGGAAAGCCUGGCCAGGAAGAGUACUUUUCUGUAAUGACUUUUCAUCCUGAGCCUAAACAUCACAAUACUAACGUAACCUGUACAGUGACACUUCAAGGAAGAAUCCGGACUGAAAGUACUGUGAUCCUCGAAGUACAAUAUGCCCCCAAAAUCCUGAACAGCUCCCGUUGUUUCAUGUGGGGUGAUGAAUUGAGCUGCGUGUGUGUCAGCAGUGGUGUGCCGUUACCCCAGAUAUACUGGCUAAUAUUGAACAAUAAACACUGCAGUGCUGUUUCAACAAAGAACAUCAUCAUCAGCAUUAGCAACAUCUCCAUUCCUGGUUUCAGGAACGUCAAUGCCUCCAUUGAAUGUGUCAGUGAGAAUCUUAUUGGUAUGACAAAGAUGGAAAUCCAAGUGCACAAUCGUGGUGAAAAACACAAAGAAAGCUGCAGUUUGUCCACCUCUUGGAUAUUCUUUACCCUUUCAGUUGUUCUAAAUGUCACCUUUGCUUCCUGUUUGACUGUUGUCCUAUGGAGAAAAAGACAUAAGAAACCAAAAGAUGGCGACUAUGUCUACAUGACUGCAACGAAGAGAAAGGAAUCGGUGUACGAGACUAUCACAAUGACUUCAGAGAGAUCUUAG